AUGUGGUCUAGUGAAAUUCCAAGACAUGUUGUACUGCACACUCAGUGGACACAGUGCUGCACACUCAGUGGACACAGUGCUCUACAGUACUGCACACUUAGUGGCCACAGUGCUCUACAGUACUGCACACUUAGUGGACACAGUGCUCUACAGUACUGCACACUUAGCGGACACAGUGCUCUACAGUACUGCACACUCAGUGCUCUACAGUACUGCACACUCAGUGGACACAGUGCUCCACAGUGCUGCACACUUAGUGGACACAGUGCUCCACAGUACUGCACACUCAGUGGACACAGUGCUCUACAGUACUGCACAUUUAGUGGACACAGUGCUCUACAGUACUGCACAUUUAGUGGACACAGUGCUCCACAGUACUGCACAUUUAGUGGACACAGUGCUCUACAGUACUGCACACUUGGUGGCCACAGUGCUCUACAGUACUGCACACUUAGUGGACACAGUGCUCUACAGUACUGCACACUCAGUGCUCUACAGUACUGCACACUCAGUGGCCACAGUGCUCUACAUGGACACAGUCCUCUACAGUACUGCACAUUUAGUGGACACAGUGCUCUACAGUACUGCACACUUAGUGGACACAGUGCUCUACAGUACUGCACACUUAGUGGACACAGUGCUCUACAGUACUGCACACUUGGUGGCCACAGUGCUCAACAGUACUGCACACUUAGUGGCCACAGUGCUCUACAGUACUGCACACUUAGUGGACGAAGUGCUUUACAGUACUGCACACUUGGUGGCCACAGUGCUCUACAGUACUGCACACUCAGUGGACACAGUGCUCUACAGUACUGCACACUUAGCGGACACAGUGCUCUGAAGUACUGCACACUUAGUGGACGAAGUGCUUUACAGUACUGCACACUUAGUGGCCACAGUGCUCUACAGUACUGCACACUCAGUGGACACAGUGCUCUACAGUACUGCACACUUGGUGGCCACAGUGCUCUACAGUACUGCACACUUAGUGGACACAGUGCUCUACAGUACUGCACACUUAGUGGACACAGUGCUCUACAGUACUGCACACUUAGUGGACACAGUGCUCUACAGUACUGCACACUUGGUGGCCACAGUGCUCUACAGUACUGCACACUUAGUGGACGAAGUGCUUUACAGUACUGCACACUUGGUGGCCACAGUGCUCUACAGUACUGCACACUUGGUGGCCACAGUGCUCUACAGUACUGCACACUUAGUGGACACAGUGCUCUACAGUACUGCACACUUGGUGGCCACAGUGCUCUACAGUACUGCACACUUGGUGGCCACAGUGCUCUACAGUACUGCACACUUGGUGGCCACAGUGCUCUACAGUACUGCACACUUGGUGGCCACAGUGCUCUACAGUACUGCACACUUGGUGGACACAGUGCUCUUCAGUACUGCACAAUUAGUGGCCACAGUGCUCUACAGUACUGCACACUUAGUGGACACAGUGCUCUACAGUACUGCACACUUAGUGGACACAGUGCUCUACAGUACUGCACACUUGGUGGACACAGUGCUCUACAGUACUGCACACUUAGUGGACACAGUGCUCUACAGUACUGCACACUUAGUGGACACAGUGCUCUACAGUACUGCACACUUGGUGGACACAGUGCUCUACACCUAAAGUCACAACCGUUCAGAAUGCCAGUUCCCUGA